AUGAAUUUAUGGACGACAUUCGUGCUUUUAUUCAUGAUUGAUGAAACUCGUGGCUGUCUUUCCUCGUCGAGUGGUGGAUCGUUUUAUGGAUAUGGGGGCUCUCGUGCAGCUGCCUCAGCUGAUGAUCCGAAUGGAGGAAUAGAAGGAGGAGGGACACCGGAGACAGCAUUCUACGACGAUUCACAAUCAAAAACGAAAACAAAAGGGAUCACUUUUGAUGAAUUCGAGACGAGGAAAGGACAAUGCGAAAGAGCACAAUUCAAAGAAUACACAGCUGGCGAAAUGAGAAACAUUGCGACAAUUGUCGAUUAUCCACAUAAAUCCGAGCUCUCUGUGGGCGAAGGCGGUCGUCUUUCGUGUGGUUUCGAUCAAGAAAGAGAAUUCUGUGCCUGGUUUAAUAAUGGGUCUGUGAGCUUCUCCAAGGCGAUCUACCGUGAUGCCUUCAACCGGGAGCGCUUUGAUUGCACGAGUCCCCGGGGUUUCGGCUUUGAUGAAUAUUUUCUGUUGGCUGGCGGAGAGUCGUUGUCCGGAGAAGAAGAGAAUCGAGUGGCAAUCCUCCAAAUCGAUAUCCCGUGUCAAUUGGGCGAAGGGACACUGAAAUUUGAUUUCUGGACGAACAGCUACAGUGUCCAAUUGAAAGUUUGCAUGCAAAUCGAGAAGCAAGAAGAGCCGAUUUGUGAGUACAUGACAAACCCGGAGAACCCGUUGACAAUUCCAUUUCCCGGCUCGGGUGAUCCAUUCAAAUUGUGGAUAGAAGUGAACGGUUUGGAUGAGAAAUCGAUCGUUUUAUUGGACAAUAUUCGAUACGAUGGACAGUUGUGUCAAAUGAAAACCGCAACAACCGAUCUACAGAGUGCGCAAAAAGAUGCUCGCACAUUGUCGAUUUGUGAGGUUCUUCCGUGCAAUUUCAAUCACGGAAAUACCUGUUUCUACAGUCUUAAUGGAAUUGGAAGCACAUCACCAUGGCUGUUGAGCGAUCGUUUUUUGGGGAAUAAACUCACAGGAGUGCACAAAGAUGAUUACAAUGAUAUCGAUAGAAAUUUGGGUUAUGUCUAUGUGGGAAACGACUAUGCGCAGACGGAGGAAGAGGUUUUCGUCAUGGAAUCCCCGAAAUUCGUGAAUGAUCGAAGUGACGUUUUCCUCAUUUUCGAUCUCUUUCUUCGAUCCUUCGGGCCACAAUUGAGAGUUUGCAUCGAUUCCUUCGAUUAUUGCCCUUACUCGAAUCCACAAGUGAACAAAACGAAAUUCUGGUUUAUCGAUCAGAAAGUUUAUCUGCCAGUUGGAAUGAAAAAAGUCUACUUCAUUGCUGGCAAAGUGCAUAAACAUCAAUUUUUGGCCGUCGACAACAUUCGAUUGGAAAAAGAGGGAAAUCGGGGAAAUCCGUGCAAGAAAUUCGGAAGAACUUCGCGAUUU